AUGGGGUUUCGCAGAAUCCAAAGAGGCUUGGUAGAUCACCAAGGCAAUAGAGCAUUGCGCAACCGCCUCCUAGUGGCAUGCUCUGGGAUUACAGAACUUGAGUUCGCCCUAUAUCGACCUGCAGAGACUUUCGAAGGUGUCUUAAACGACAUGUACGGUGCUCUAGAUCAGAAAUCUCUGUCAAACCCAUCGUCUCAAUAUCACCAACAAAUGAACUACCCUGACCAUACAAAUUCAAAUGGCAUCCACAUGGCUGACCGCCACUAUAACACCGCACUAGACUUCGGCAGGCAAAGAGUCAAAAAUAGAGAAGAAAGGCAGAAAGCAUUUGACCGAAUUAAGCAACGGUACCCUAUGAAGCCAGACACGGAGAUUAGGCAAUUCGUAAUCGAAGUUGAAGGAGAACGGCCGGAAGACAGCCUUGACAUAUUUUUGACGGAUUUUGAAUCCCAUUUAGAGACCGGGCCAGAUCACGACUCUGAUGACGAAAUUCUUCAAUCCGGAAACCUUGUCGAAGAAAUUGGUGGUGAGAACGCUGUAGCCUAUUUGAUUGACCAAGCUAUUUUACACUCAUUUACGGCGCCUAGAUUAAAUAUCUCAGAUCAACCAAAAAAUACAAAUAAUUCUAGCAAAUUCCGAGAUAUCUGA